UGUACGUUUCUAGGACGUUUAGGAAGUCAAUCUACAAAACUGUUCAUAGCAAAUGAUAGUUUUGGGAACAGAAAACUGUGUAGAGAUGUUGGGAUGUUUAAUCUGAGAAAAUAAGCAGAAUAUGGAACCAGCUUCGUCUUGAUUCCUCUUGUCCCUCUGACUUGCCACUGGACUUCCUCUCUUUACCAAAUAUGGUAUGAAAAGGAAAGCCGUUAGGGGAAGUUAAAGCGUUUCCCCCUUAUUCAUCUGGGUAGGAAUGUAGGCUUCAGCUUUCUGCCCCAGCUAGGAUGCAACUGGAGAAGGAUCUGAUCUGACUGAGAGACCCUGGGUAAUACAUUCUGAUAAUUCAUUCAGGAAAGAUGGAGAGCUGUCACUGUUUCUUUCUGCUUUGCUCCCUGGUCUUUGCGCUGUCUUUUGCAGAGGCGACAACGUUUGAGAAUGAGAUCGACCUUACAGAGUUUAUUGGAAGGAUUUCCUCCUAUGGACUACUAGUCAGGGAUCAACCUUUGGCUAUCAACAGAGACAUUCGCUUUGAAACAAACUCAUUGGAGGAGCUUGAAGAUCCAGAGGAUUCCAUUCCCAUCUGGACUGAUGAGGAACCAGUCAACACCAAGACUACUAUCCCUGAUAUUCCUGACUAUGGCCCCAUAGUGUUGACCAACAAUGGGGUGAUCAAGGGACUCACAGUGGAAAAGACCCACAUAUUUUAUGGGAUCCCGUACGCGGACCCACCUGUGGCCGAGUACCGCUGGAAGGCCCCCAGACCGGUGACCCCGUGGCUGGGGGUGUACGACGCCACGUACCCGAGGGACGCAUGUAUGCAAGGCUGCAGUGGCCCUAUAUCUGACGAGUGCCCUCAGAAGGUGAGUGAGAACUGCCUCUACCUCAACAUAUUUGUACCUCUGGAUGUGAACUUCAGUUCCCCUUUACUGACACCCCUGCCAGUGAUGGUGUGGAUCCACGGGGGGGAUUUCAUCGCUGGCUCAGCCUCCAAGCCCCUGUACGAUGGGAGGUUCAUCAGUAACUUCACACACACUGUGGUGGUGAACAUGGCAUAUCGGCUAGGGGCGUUUGGUUUCCUCGUCUCGGGAAAAGACCCCAAAACCUCAGCAACCGGGAAUUAUGGGAUCCUAGAUCAGCAGGUUGCUCUUCUCUGGGUUCAACAGAACAUUGCUCUGUUCGGCGGCGACCCCAGCAAGGUGACCGUGUUUGGGGAGAGUGCAGGAGCCCAGUCAGUGAGCCUCCACCUGAUGGUCCAGAGCAGUAAGCCCCUGUUCAGACAGGCUGUGUUCCAGAGCCUACCCUUCUCCAUCCCUCUCAAGACCAGACAUGAUGCCCUGAAGCUGGGGAGGGACUUUGCCAAGCAGGCCAACUGCUCUGUGAGCGACUUCGUUUGCCUGCUGUCCCUCAGUCCUCAGGCUGUCCUCGCUGCCCAGAUGAAAUCAAGUUCCAAAGUGGUGAAUCCCUUCAGGUUCCUGGAGAUCUUUGAGUCCUGGGGGCCCUACAUAGACGGAGAGCUGAUUAAGGAGCAGGCUGUGACUGCCUUCCAGAAGGGCCACUGGCAGAAGGAGAAACCAGUCCUCCUUGGGACCACGUCAGAGGAGGGGGUGAUCUUUGUGUACGGGGUCUUCACUAAGCCUGUGUCUGCGGUGGAGUGCACCGUCUACACCACAGCCAUCUUCAAACAGCACAGCCUCAGGAUCCUACGCAAGUACCUGCCCCUGUACAAGGACAUUGACCGACGGGACAUGCUGGCUCAGAUUGUGACAGACUAUGUCUUCCUGUGCCCCUCCCGCAAGGCGGCCCGGGCGGGCACCAAAGCGGGCAGCGCUGUGUGGAUGUACGUCUUCGACCAUGUGGCGUCGGACCACAGUGUGUGGUCGGGUCUCUCCUUCUGCUAUGAGCACGCGUGUCACGGCGCCGAGCUGCCUUUCCUCUUUGACACGGCCUCCGUGGCCAACUUCACGCUGGCCCCGCCCGAGCGGCUGCUGUCCAAUCGGAUGCUGUGUUACUGGGGGGCGUUCGCCCACACCGGGGACCCGGCCUCACGGGUGCAGCAGACUGGCUUCUGUAGACAGCAGCGCCUGCCAGCCUGGCCCCGCUACUCGGACAGCAGCUCCUGGCUGGUCAUGAACUUCACUGUACGCUCCCACUCCCAGGUGGGCACCAGGGACCAUAUCUGUGACUUCUGGGACAAGCUGGGCAUCUAUUAGGGCAUAGGGGUGGGCAUGGGGCGGGCAAGGUGUUGGUAUUGGUUAUGUAUGCAUACAUAGUGUGUUAAGUCACAUUUGGCAAUUCACCCUACAGUGGGAAUGGUUAUGACACCCUGUAUACACCAUUUAUAGAGUAUGACUUAUGCUUAGACAUGAUUUGUGAAGCACUUAUGUAGUCCUUAUGAAGCCUUUAUGUAUGCUAUAUAAAGCCUUUGUAAAUUGUACUUUGUUUAAAGUGGGACCGAAGCUGAUUGUGUUUGUUAUAACUGUUUGACAUCAGCUGACAUUCAGUGACAUGACCUCUUAUAGAAGAUUACUCUAUUGUCCAUUUAGAACAUGAGUAAUGGACGUUUUCUUUUGCAUAUCCCAUUCUCCCCGGUAGACAUACACAUACAGGACAUGUACAUAGAGGGGUUAGGGCUAGAGCCAGGGUCAGACACAUUUGUUAUGUCAUGUUUUUGACUGUAUUAUGAUGAUGUUAUAACAUACAGUUUAUGACUAUUAUGACAGUGUAAUAACAGUUUGACUAUUAUGACUGUUAUAACAUAGUUUGACUAUAUUAUGACUUAUAACAUAGUUUAUGACUUAGGACUGUUCUAACAGUUUGACUAUAUUAUGACUUAUAACAUAGUUUAUGACUUGACUGUUAUAACAUAGUUUAACUAUAUUGACUUAUAAAAUACAGCUUGACUUAUGGCAGUGUUAUAACAUUUUAUGACUUAUGACAGUGUUAUAACAGUAUGACUAUAUUAUGACAGUGUUAACAGUUUAUGACUAUAUUAUGACAGUGUUAACAGUUUAUGACUAUAUUAUGACAGUGUUAACAGUUUAUGACUAUAUUAUGACAGUGUUAACAGUAUGACUAUAUUAUGACAGUGUUAACAGUAUGACUAUAUUAUGACAGUGUUAACAGUUUAUGACUAUAUUAUGACAGUGUUAACAGUAUGACUAUAUUAUGACAGUGUUAACAGUUUAUGACUAUAUUAUGACAGUGUUAACAGUUUAUGACUAUAUUAUGACAGUGUUAACAGUUUAUGACUAUAUUAUGACAGUGUUAACAGUUUAUGACUAUAUUAUGACAGUGUUAACAGUUUAUGACUAUAUUAUGACAGUGUUAACAGUUUAUGACUAUAUUAUGACAGUGUUAUAACGUACAGUUCUAAUAAAGUGUUACAGAUGUAGUAUCCAAUGAGGGUAAGAGAAGGCAGGGGGAGGCGGGGAUGAACGCUACAGUCAUCCUUCUCUCCCCCGAUGUACCAAGCAUAUCUGUGUAUCGACUUCGGAACGAUUGCAUGUUUUUAUUUUCCUUCUUCCUUUUUCUAACCCUUUCUCCUUCCCAGCUGCUUAUCAUUUGUUGUGAUUUGUUGGCUACGUACUUGAGAACCCCUACAUGAAUACCCCACUGUCGCUGUACAUGUGAAUCAUUUUGGAUAAUGUGUUUUCUAUGACAAAUAAAUCACAGUGAGAAAUA